CGGCAUAUGAGAGAUGAAGACCAACUCAGCGUUGGGUUCGUGCGAAGUUUGAGUGAGGAGGGGUGGGCAGCAAGCGCUGCGGGUGGAUAUGGGAGAUAUGUGAUUUUCUGGUCUCUCGGGGGCGAAAAGGCCAACGGAACGGAGUCAACAACGCCAACAAGGCACGUACUACGUCAGUCUCACAUCACGUACCCGGUGCUUGACGCUCGCCAGCUUACUCCCGCAUAGUUUGUCCCUAUUGUUGUGUCGGAACUCGCGCGAACUGAGCUGCGAGCUGCGAGUGGGGCAACUUGCUUCUUGGCGCGAUGGGGGGCCGCUGGUUUGGAAGAGCCCACGCCCGCCAGGGAUGCCAGUCGUACCUUCCAGCCGUGCGAGAACGAGGGAACGAUGCACCAGUCGAUGCCCAAGGAUCGCACGGAGAUGACGUGCCCGACAGCACGUCCGAGGUCGGGGCAGUGGACGAUUUCGGUGGUGCGGGUGACGACUCACGCAGCGCUGAUGGAAAAAAAGAUGAGGACACAGGCACCGGCGGUGGACUCCGCGGCCUAUUGGAGAGGAUCGAAGAGAAUCUCGGGGUGAGCAGGGAAGGCACGGGUACGGACGACGAGGGUACCGUCGACGACGGGGGAGACAUGGAAAGCGGGGGCGAGGAGGGUGACAUCGGGUUAGACGAUGAACGAUACGACGAUUUCCAGGGUAAUGUGGACAACAGAGGGACCGAUGGGGCACCUGAGGUAUUCGAGCCUCCCGGGCAUAAUGGUGGCGCGUCAUCUGCCCCCAGGUUAAAUAAGCUUCACACAAUGACGCCGUCUUAUGCAUCGAGUAAGACGGUGGAGGGCGGCGCCGAGAAAUUGAGAGAGAACACAAAAGCCCAAGGUUCUGAUUUCUACCCCUUUCGUACGAAGGAGCAACAACUAAUUUUCGUCUGGCAGCAUGUACAUCGGAUCUCGCAAAGGGCAUUGAGAGGACUUCUAGAAGUACUCUUGAUGCAGUACGAGGGCGAACCGUUUGACGUACGUGGGCUCGCAGACGUCGACCCCGAGCACUUCUAUGAUCGCAUGCGGCCGUACUUGCCCCUGCUAGAGCUGCUGGAGCGAGACGUUCCGUCGACAGACGACGGAACGACGUCGUCUGUCGUGUACGACCUCCCGGUCAAUCUGCUGCUCGACCGUGUCAUGCAGAUUCCGUCUGAGACUGCGCUGUCGAACGCAUACCCGGGAGGGCAGCUAUUGCGCGGAGAAGAGGCAACCGCAAAUUCGCUGACGAGCGACCACGUCAACUGCGUGCCUACACGGCGAGAGGGAAACGUCAUGAACUCAAACCACAACGGCACCCUCGCGAGGUCAAUCCCAUUCUUCGGCUUUGACGGCAUACGAGCAAGAGUGUGCGGGAGGAAGGUAUACGUCAACGACACUUGUGUUUGCGAGGUCGAGGGAGUGGCUACCCUAUGUCGUAUUUUGGAGAUCUUCUACGAUGGAGAACGUCGGUUGGUGCUAGUAACCGUGCGGCUGUUCAGGGGGGUGAGCGAGGUACGGGGCGUGGGGAAUGAGGAGAGACGUGGCGGACUGUUACGGGUGUGGAAGGAUUGCACCUGCAAACUGGAGUUGAAGGCCAACGACGUUCUGGGGCUGGUUGAGAUGGAGACGCCGCACGAGAUGGCGGCAGCUGGCCACCCGUACCCAUGGGACCGCUUUUUUGGGGAAGGUUUUUUAAGACAGACCGGUACAAAGCAAGCACUGCAGAGUAACGCCAGGCCUAAGCCGUUCGCGGUGACGGAGUCCCCGUGGUGCGCCGAGGGGCCCGCAAACAGUCCGCUUUGGGGGCUGCGACGUGAGGGCGUACAUCUCAACAACAUGAAUCUGCCAUACUACUCCGCGCCGACGGUGUUUCACUGCGAUGCAUUCAACGCCUUUGGAAUGGGUUGCAAGCAUUCCAUAGGAGGGUCCUACUUUGGAUGGGCUUGGCGAACGCCAGCGGUUCAGCGGUUGAAACAUCAAACGCACGUCGGCACUCUCGCGAGCCCGGGAGCUUGCAGCCAGGGAGAGACCGGCCUGCAGUGCGAAAUACUCGGACUGCUAGGAAAUGGAUGCCUGGGGCGGUGCAAGCUGACAGACGACGAAGGGGCGGCGUUUGAGCAAGAGGUUUUCGUGCGUGGCGGUCUGCUGCUGAUGUGUGGGGAUGGACAAGGGCGCUCGAAAUUUCUCGGCACGAAGGGUUCCAAGAGCUGGUCCAAACAUCCGUGCGCGUACUGCAUGGUGAGUCAACGCGACGAUGAUACCGGCGGCGAUCUGGGGAACCCAAGGUUCGACAUCGACAAGCACCGCCGCACAUGGGGCCAGAUAACGGAUGGCUUGUCCGAGUUGGAUGCCCUCGCGGAUGUCCCUCGCGAGCAGGAUCGACGCUCAAGAGACCUGGGACUGGUUCCGCCGGAUGCGUCAGGGCUCCCCCUCCCUUUAUACACCGCCAUGCGCAUUGUCCCGACGGAGAACGUACCCGGUCGAGCGACUGCACUUCGAUGCGCUGGGGCAAAGUCAGCUUUGCCAGGUGUUUUCUUUGAGAUGCUCUCCACUACAGGUCGCCGGCUUGUCUCAGCCAUCAUGGCCCAGAAGCCGUCUUUACUCUACCCACCCGGAACACGGAAGCUGAAGGAUGUCGUGUUCUUCUUGGAGAUGCUCUCCACUACAGGUCGCCGGCUUGUCUCAGCCAUCAUGGCCCAGAAGCCGUCUUUACUCUACCCACCCGGAACACGGAAGCUGAAGGAUGUCGUGAUCAACUACGCUUCUCUGGAUGGCAGCGACAAGAGAAACAUGAAGACACGGGAGAUCAAGGACCUCGUCACGGAGUGGGGAACGUACGACAAGGUCUUGGAGGCGCUGCGGGAGCUUAUGAAACGGGCGUCUCUCCUGUCGUUCGCCCUCCGCGCGCCAUCUUUCACCGACCCGGAGCUACGGCAACUCGACAAACUCGCGCGAAUAUGUCCGGACGCCAGCACGGGUGAACACACCCACCAGGUGAACAAGUCUGGAAGGGGUGUGGACUGCGGUAGGAGCCCUUCACUGCACAUGGCUAAGCGGGCGAACGUCAACAGCGCAUUCUUGGCGUUAUCGAACGGGGUGCCGUACAGAGUCACCAAGUACAACCGACAGACAAAAAUUCACGAGAUCGUCACCGUUCGACCUGGUGAUGGCUGUGUGCGGCUCAUGCAGUCGCUGGCGAGCUUCCUCGGCCAUCACCGCGUGCCCACAGACAUUCACGCCGAGGCGGUUCAGACGCCAGCACAGCUUAGCGGACAGUACCCGGGAUCUGCGGUUUGGACCGCUUCUCUGUUCAACAACGGGGACGAGCAGCAGCUAGAUGGCGACUGGCGUCCUCGCCUGGUGUCCAGCAAGUUCCGCCCAGACGAACAGACCUUACUGCGCGCAUACCAGACGUACUACGGAUGCGGCAUGGCGGGUCCGUGCUCAAGCAGCCGCUGCCCGAAUUGCUGGGACGGAGACACCCUUCAACAAGCUUCCAUCGACUGCUCCCGGUACAUCCGGGCACCCAUGGUAGCAAGUUGUGGCCUUGGUCGCUUGAAGGGCGGCGAUGUGAAGUCGGCGGCGCAGGCUGGGCCGCGUGACGAGUGGGCUCUCGGGAGUGGCGGAGGGGACAACGUAGAGGUGUACAAGCAACUUCCCCCGAUGCCCGCGGCGGGCCGUGCGGAUCCUACAGAUCUAACCCUGGUGAAGGUUCUGUACUUCUUCCGGCACAAGGCCAAUCGGCCUUUGAUGGGUGGGAACCCACCACCGCUCACGUGGUGGGUGCUCGGUUACGAGUACACUGGGGUUGCUCACGCCAACGACCGCGUCCCCGAUUCUAUCACCGGGCAUCCGACGCUGAACCUUCGAGCCCGCGGCCGUCCGGCGGUGUACCCUGUAUCUGCCAUCUAUGGGCAGGUUCAUCUCUACCACGCAUGCUCGCUGAGCGGCGAAGGUGAAACUGGCAGCUCUCACGUUUGUGGGGUAGUGACGGGCGGGGAAGGGUCGGGUCGUGGGGCUGGUGCUUGGCGCCACAGAUUCCGCCAGGCUACGCCGGGUACCACCGGGUGUGACAAGUACCUUUUGAAUGAGUGUCAUCACUCCAUCAACCAAGACACUUUCGUCUGAGAACGUCGGGCGUGUCAGAGCCGAGAGAG